AUGAUUCACGGUUCCAAGCAGAAUCACUCGGACAAGCCGCGCCCGGUGUUCAUUAACCGUUACCGGCGGGUGGACGAUUACGUUGUUAUUGGUGGGACCACCACCGCAAAUCGCGCAGAAGCGGAGAAACGUGCUGCCGAAGCGAAGAAAACGAAUGAACAGCGUGGGUUGAUGAUUCGCGGCUUCCGUCCCUACACCGAAGGGUAA